GAAGAAGAAAGGGUAAUGACGUCAGCGGAAGUGAGGUGUGUGAUUCAGUUGCUAAGCUGCAGCCGAGCAGUAAACGGACCGUCAACAAGUUGCUGUCGCCGUCUUACUGGAUCAACUUUAAGCCGUCCGCCGGUGACCGACAGACGGAGCCGGGGUCCAGUCAUCAAACACAGCAGCCAAUCUCCCAGUAUGACCAGUAUGGCUGCCUCCAGCACCACCAAGAUCGCAUGGCGCCUUCAGGAGUUCGAGGCUCACUUCAGCUCCAUUUCCUGUCUGGCUCUGGGGAAAAGCUCAGGCCGCCUGCUGGCCACAGGAGGAGAGGACUGCAGGGUCAACAUCUGGGCCGUCAGCAAGGCCAACUGCAUCAUGAGUCUGACUGGUCACAAGAACCCAGUGGAGUGUAUCCAUUUCAACGUGUCGGAGGAGCAGGUCGUCGCCGGGUCGCAGUCUGGUUCAAUACGAGUCUGGGACCUGGAGGCUGCCAAGAUUUUAAGGACUCUGAUGGGACACAAAGCCAACAUCACCAGCCUGGGCUUCCAUCCCUUUGGAGACUUCCUGGCCUCCAGCUCCAUGGACACAAACAUUAAGCUGUGGGACGUGCGGAGGAAAGGAUACGUGUUCAGGUAUAAGGGUCACACUCAAGCCGUGAGGAGUUUGGCCUUCAGUCCUGAUGGGAAGUGGUUAGCUUCAGCGAGUGACGACUGCACCGUCAAGCUGUGGGACCUGGCUCAGGGGAAAACCAUCACGGAAUUCAAAUCUCACACCGCCCCCGUCAACAUCAUCCAGUUUCACCCCAACGAGUACCUGCUGGCCUCCGGAAGCUCCGACAGGACCAUCAAACUGUGGGAUUUGGAGAAGUUUACGAUGAUUGGCUCGUUGGAGGGCGACACGACUCCAGUCAGGUGUAUAUGUUUCAGCCCAGAUGGCUCCUGCCUGUACAGCGGCGCCACGGACUCGCUGCGGGUCUUCGGCUGGGAGCCGGACCGCUGCUUCGACGCGGUGUCGGUGGGCUGGGGGAAGGUUUCUGACGUCGCCAUCUGCAACCAGCAGCUGAUCGGCGUGUCUCACCAGCUGUCGAACGUGUCGUCCUACGUGGUUGAUCUGAAGAGGGUAAAGAAGAGCGGUGGCGCCGUGAUCCAGGGGAUCAUCCAGGACAACCAGCCGCUCACAGAGCCGAAGAAGGACCCCAAAGGAGCGGCACUGCGAAAGAACUACGAGAGACCCACGACCACCUGCAGAUCGCAGAGGUUGAAGCACCGUUCAGAGUCUGACAGGCGGAGCCCCGAAGGCGAGAGGCGGAGCCCUAGCGAGGACGAGGCGGAUGAGAAGCUGUCGUCUGCUGAGAUCCACAACGCUGAGGACUACAAGGCUAUCUUCCAGCCAAAGAACGCCAUCUCUCGCACUCCUCCUAAGAUGUCGGAGCCUUUUCCCGCUCCUCCAGAGGACGAGUCCAUUUUGGCGAUCAGCCGGCAGCUGAAGGACAUGAAGUCUCCUUUUCCUGAUAAACAGCAGGGUCCUCCGCUGGCCGCCUCCACUCCCGUGGUGAGGGUGGAGCCUACGGUCAUUUCCGCUGUGAAGCGUCCGUCUCCUCCAGCUGCGGGCACGGCAUCCUCCAGUCACCCCGCCUCCACCCACGCUCCCACCCAGCCCCCGUCACCACGGCCAAAUCCAAACCGGCUUAAAAUCAUCUCGAGCGCCAGGAACGAGCCCAUCGGGCUGAACGUGGCCGACUUCCUGCCCUCUUCACCCAACCACAGAUCUGGAGCCCUGAGUGACGAGGAGGCCCUGACCCAGAUGAAGAAGGGUCACGAGACUAUGUGCGUGAUGCUGAGCAGCCGACUGAAGAACCUGCAGACGGUCCGAGGGGUGUGGACCCGAGACGGCAUCAAGAUCGCUCUUGACACCGCCAUCUCCAUGAGUGAUCCGUCCAUAGUCGUGGACAUCCUGAACAUCAUCAACCCCCAGCCAUCUCUGUGGAAGCUGGACGUGUGCAUGACCGUUCUUCCUCAGCUCGACAAACUGCUGCAGAGCAAGUACGAGAGCUACAUACAGACCGGCUGCACGUCUCUGAAACUCGUCAUGAAGCACUUCUGGACGCUGAUCUCGGACACUCUGAAGGCCACGCCAUCCGUCGGGGUCGACAUCACACGAGAGGAGCGACACCAGAAGUGCCGAGUGUGCUGCAAGCAGCUGAAGAACCUGAGCAACAUCGUGAAGAACAAGGCGACGCAGGUCGGUCGUCAUGGCAGCACCUUCAAAGAGCUGCAGCUGCUCAUGGCGCCGCUCGACGACUCGCCCUGAGGGCGGCGCCAUGGAUCAGCUGACUCGCAAGACCCCGCACUUUGUGUGUCCUUCUUUUGUCACGACUCUCUCCUGAGGCCUCCGUCACAGAAGAAGAAAUGUUUUAAUGCUGAAGACGUUAAGUGACACUCAGAGGAAGACGAGAAAUUAAACCGCCGCUACUGUAUGAGCGGGUCGGGACUCGAAUCAGGGAGGAGUCUCGUUCUCGUAUCGGAGGCGCUGGCGGGAAUGUGCCUUCAGAGGUUUGGAUGUUUAAAGAGUGCUCACAGGUUCGCACCACGCGAGCGAUUCAUGAAAGGCGGAGUAAAGAUCAGCCGACAGAGACUAACCGCUCUGAAGCUCGAACGUUUGAAUCUGCCAUGUUCAAUCCCGUAAACCAGCGACGCUUUUAAAAACGCCUGAGGGCCAAAACCAAACUCCAGCUCGGACUCUGUGCACACGUUUUCACUUUUCUACUGUUCGCUCUCUCCACUGUGUUCAUGUACAGCUCUGUUUAUUUAAAUAAAGACAAAAUAAAGUUAGAAUAAGUCGA